GUGGAGUAUGAUGGGCUGACGGGUCGAGUGGAGUUCAACAGCAAAGGGCAGAGGACAAACUACACCCUCCACGUGCUGGAGAAGGGCCGCGAUGGCCACCGCGAGGUGGGUGUGUGGUACUCCAACAGGACCUUGGCCAUGAACGCCACCACCUUGGCCAUCAACGCCUCCGACAGCUUGGCCAACAAGACCCUCAUCAUCACCACCAUCCUGGAGAACCCCUACGUGAUGCGGGUGGGGGGCGCAGGCGGCCCCGAGCGCUACGAGGGCUUCUGCGUGGACAUGCUGCAGGAGCUGGCCGGGCUCCUCAAGUUCCGCUUCCACAUCAAGCUGGUGGAGGAUGGGCUCUAUGGAGCCCCCGAGCCCCACGGCUCCUGGACCGGGAUGGUGGGAGAGCUCAUCAACCGGAAAGCUGACCUGGCGGUGGCCGCCUUCACCAUCACGGCCGAGCGGGAGAAGGUCAUCGACUUCUCCAAGCCCUUCAUGACGCUGGGGAUCAGCAUCCUGUACCGGGUGCACAUGGGCCGCAAGCCGGGGUAUUUCUCCUUCCUAGACCCCUUCUCACCAGCAGUGUGGUUCUUCAUGCUUCUCGCCUACCUGGCCGUGAGCUGUGUCCUCUUCUUGGCUGCAAGGUUGAGCCCCUACGAGUGGUACAACCCCCACCCGUGCCUACGGGAGCGUCACAACCUCCUGGAGAACCAGUACACGUUGGGCAACAGCCUCUGGUUCCCCGUUGGGGGCUUCAUGCAACAGGGCUCCGAGAUCAUGCCCCGCGCCCUGUCCACCCGCUGCGUCAGCGGCGUCUGGUGGGCCUUCACCCUCAUCAUCAUCUCCUCCUACACGGCCAACCUGGCGGCCUUCCUCACGGUGCAGCGCAUGGAGGUGCCCAUUGAGUCGGCCGAUGACUUGGCCGAUCAGACCAACAUUGAGUAUGGCACCAUCCAUGCGGGGUCCACCAUGACCUUCUUCCAGAACUCGCGGUACCAGACCUACCAGCGCAUGUGGAACUACAUGCAGUCCAAGCAGCCCAGCGUCUUCGUGAAGAGCACGGAGGAAGGGAUCGCCCGCGUCCUCAACUCCAAGUAC